AUGACCGCUGACUUAGUUCAUAUAGACAUUUCACUUAACUAUGAAAUUGUAAGUUAUGAUUUAUAUAGAGAGCCAGAUGUACUAGAAAAAUUUGUCACAAAAAUCAAGAAGAAGCUUCUAAAUAUUCAGACAGAUUUAUCUAAUACUUUUCUCAAGUCAUUAUCAGAAGCAUUACAGAAAUUUGAAGAAGCAAAGUAUAGAUUGCUAGAAGUUAAUGAAUAG